AUGGACUCAGAGAUUGGGAGUUUCGGGGCCCCAGUGGUACGAGAUUUCGGAGCCUACGGCCUACUCGGGGAAGAAGCGGGGUUAUACUCAACAGCCUGGAUGGCACACUACUGGAGGCAGAUGAAAUGGAACAACAAGUUCCCCAGGUGGCAAGCUGGGCGCCCGAGCGCGUGUACUAUGUCUACAACAUGGCGGCCCAACGGCCCACGCCGGGCACAAGUAUACACACCGCUGGCAGGCAACAUGAUAAUCUGAGGCAUCUCACCUCACCGCUUGGGACUGUAGCGGUAGAGCCCUCCAACAUAAAGUUGGCUUAUCUGUCUAUCUUAUCCAAGGUCUGGACCUGGUCCCCACGAAAGCCUUCCUGACCCAUGAGCCCUUAGAGGAUGUUCCUCGAACCACAACUCCCCUCCUGAGCGCAGUCCAUCAGCCAGGAAUCCUUUUACAGGCCAAAAUUGGAAUCAGAACUGAGGGCACAAGCGGUCGGCUCAUGCAGAGGCGGGGCUGGCAAAGUGGUGCAUACCGGACCCGUCCUCACAUCAGGACUCUGCUCACACUACCAUCAGGAUGA